GUGUUGCUAGUCUUAAAGUCUUAUCCUUUUGCAAUUUACUCUACUUAUUUAUUGACAAUUAAGGAUAGUUUAACAAUAAGAAGGUGAAGCAAUAUAACAUAUCUACUCUUGAUUAUUUAUUUAUGUAUUGCUUAUAGUUGUGAAAGUGUGAGAGUUAUGUAGAGUGAGUUUGUGUGUAUAUGAGAGUAAGUGAAAGGCUAUUGUGUUAAGGGAGGAGAAGCAUAAGAAUAUAUAUGGGGCAGCAAUCUAGCAAAGAGACCAGAGAGAGCCUGAAGCCAGGGGAUCACAUCUACACUUGGAGAACUGCAUAUUUAUAUGCUCAUCAUGGCAUUUACAUUGGUGAAGAAACAGUAAUUCAUUUCACUGUAAAUGGACAAUCAUCAAUAAGAACUAUUUCAUCAUCUGCAAACUCGAUUCAUAGAUGUCAAAGGUCAACAUGUAAGGAUCCACAUAAGGCGAAUGGGGUGGUUUCGUCUUGCCUCGACUGCUUCCUAGCCGGCGGUGAUGUAUGUCGGUAUGAGUAUGAUGUCUCCCAGGUUUACUUUUUCGUCAGACUCCGUGCCGGAAUGUGUACUUUCGCAGCCUCAGACGAAGAUGAAAUCAUUGUCCGUCGAGCAAAGUAUCUGCUCGAAAAAGGUUUCCCCAGCUACAAUCUUUUCAAGAACAAUUGUGAAAACUUUGCUGUGUAUUGCAAAACAAGGAGGGUAGAUGUUGAAUAUGGAGAAGUUGGACAAAGUGGCCAAAUAAAUGCCAUUCUUCCUGCCAGUUUAAGGAUAUUUAAAACUGACAUUGGACUAAGGAACCUGCCGAAAUUAGAACCAGAAGAGUUGGCAGCAACAUUGCAAAAAAUGGUUUCUCAACACCAAUCUCAGUGA